UUGGAACACAAAAGCUGAAGUGAGAUUUUUUGACCUUUCGUUCUCUUUGAGAUGGGGAACCAGUGGCUGAGAGACGACAACACGAUCAAAAUUCACAUCUUCACUUGUUGUGUCUAUCAACAGUUCCUCUCCUCUUCUUCUUCUUCUUCUUCUUCUUCAACCUUUGAUGGGUGGACAUCCAUCUCCUCUCUGCACCAGGUUAAACCGCCAUGCGUACGGGUUUCAAGCUCAACAAUCUCAAAUGGGGUUCUCCUUUAUUCACUAAUCCCUCCCAUUCAUGGCCAUCUUCUGCAUACCCAUGUCUAAGCAGGGCAACCAAGCAUAAUUCAGCACGGAACCCAUUUGCAUUAGUUAUUUCUGGACAUGGGGAGAAUGUAAAGACUGAACCAUGGAAUUGGAGGGAAGAUAGAUACAAGAUGAUCGAAGAGAUGCAAACUGGAAGGAGUAGUCCUGUCGAUCUCUUAGAUACCGUGCAAUCAAGCAGGACAUCAUCGCAUUUCGGGUUCCUUAUGGAAAAUCUUUAUUUAUUAGAGGCUACAUUUACUGAUGUCGAUGUGGUGAGGUUAGAAAAUGAUAUAUUGUCACAACUAGAGAGGAUUGGAGCUUUGAAAGUAUUCAACUCCCGUCUAUCUGGGAAUGUUGAAUCCCCAACCGCGUUGGAUUUAUGCGACGAGCCAUUGGAAAAUCACGUGGAGGAGGGUUGUGCUGAUAUAAAGGUGAUUCAAUCACGAAAAAAAGAAAAAAGGAAAAGUAUACAUGACAGAGUUUCAUCAAAACCUUAUGCAAAAACUAUUGAUAAGAAUAUUUCGAAGAUAAAUUCUUCUGCUAGUAAAGCAUCAAAGUCUAGAAGUCGAAGAAGACAAUCAAUUGCCAGAAACGAAGUUGAAAUGGCAAAAGCAGUUAAGUUGGUUAUAAAUUUGGAACAAAUAAAAAGUGUAUUAGAAGAGGAAACAGGACAAGUUGCAAGCUUAACUACAUGGGCAGAAGCUGCUGGACUGAAGAAAAAGGUGUUGCAACAGCAGUUGCAUUUUGGAUGGUAUUGCAGGGACGAGUUACUAAGAAGCACACAUUCUCUCAUUUCGUACCUUGCGAGAAACUACAGAGGACAUGGAGUACCAUAUGAAGACUUAAUACAGGAAGGAAGACUUGGGGUUUUGAAAGGUGCUGAGAGGUUUGAUCACACUAGGGGAUACAGAUUCUCGACCUACGUUCAGUUCUGGAUAAGGAAGUCCAUGUCGACACUCCUGAUGCUGCAUUCUAGAGGGAUAAGGAUUCCAUAUGGCUUAAACAAGGCAAUAAGUCGGAUACAUAAAGCUCGAAAGGCUCUAAGAUACAGCAACAUGAGGAAUCCAGAUGACGAAGAAAUUGCAAAUUUCACAGGUCUUUCUUUGACUAAAAUCUCAUCAGCUGACAAAUGCCUUAGAGUUGUUGGAUCAACUGAUGAGCAAAUGGGUAAUGGAAUCAAUGGCAAUUUUCUGGAGUUUAUUCCGGAUCUAUCUAUGGAGGAACCUUUGGAGGCAGUUAUGAGACAAGAGUUGGUGCAUGAUUUGCAGAGUCUUCUGGAAGGCCUGGAAACGAGAGAGAAAGAAGUGUUGACUCUGCGGUUUGGUCUGGACAAGAAUAAGCAGCAGCAACGCAUGUCGUUGGAGGAAAUUGGAAGGGUUUUCGAUGUGAGCAAGGAGUGGAUAAGGAAGAUAGAAAGGUCAGCAAUGGCAAAACUAAGAGAGGAAGAAAAUCUCAAACUCCUUACUCAAUUGUAUAAUUAGAUUAUUUGUUUGAUAUGGGGUUAUUUGAAUAACCCUGAUUGAUGUAGGUUAUGCAAAAAAAACAGGUUAUUUGAAUAAAAGUAUAUUAGGGUAUAAUAAUUAUAUAAGGAUGUUUUCAUCAUAUGAUUG